CCACCGCGCUGCUCCGUCCUGGCCGGUGGCCUCGGGCCCUUCCGGCCGCUCUGGGCGCUGCUGGCCUUCGCGCUACCGGCCCUCCUGCUGCUCGGCGCCUACGGCGGCAUCUUCCUCGUGGCCCGCCGUGCGGCCCUGCGGCCCCCGCGACCCGCGCGCGGCUCCCGGCCGCGCUCCGACUCUCUGGAUAGCCGCCUCUCCAUCUUGCCACCCCUCCGGCCUCGCCUGCCUGGGGGCAAAGCAGCCCUGGCCCCAGCCCUGGCCGUGGGCCAGUUCGCAGCCUGCUGGCUGCCCUAUGGCUGUGCGUGCCUGGCGCCCGCUGAGCAAGCCGCAGUGGCUGAGGCGCCCGUCACCUGGGUGGCCUACUCGGCCUUCGCGGUUCACCCCUUCCUGUAUGGCCUGCUACAGCGCCCCGUACGCCGGGCACUGGGCCGCCUUGCCCGCCGGGCUCUGCCCCAGCCCCCGCGGACCUGUACUCUCCGGGCCUGGCACCUGCCAACAUUUCUGCAGCACCUCCAGGGACCUUCAUUGCGCCCUGCCCUAGGCCCUCCUGGGGCACCAGAACAAGCCCCAGAUUUGCCAGAAGGGGAGAACCUGAGCAUGACAGGGGCCACCUGAGAGGAGAUCUGUCUCCUAUGCUGAGCUGGCACUGGAGAAAGAUGGUGGUGUCAGAAGGAGGCCCAUCCAAACUCCUGCACAGUUCCAGGCAGGUGCCCUGCCUGGAUUUCUGGCUCUGGAACAGGAGAAAGAGGGCCUGCAGCCUGGUGAGGCCAAGAGGCUUCUGGGAGCUAGGA